AUGCCCUCACAAGUAGAGACCAUUUCUGCCUUUGUUGAAGGAGCUCCACCAGGAGAGCUCGCAGAUGUCAUAGCCGAUAUUAAGGCUUUGACUAUUGACACCCCAAAUCUGGUCUCGGAACUCGGUCCUGCAUUCGAAAGAUACAAUGAGGAACAGUUUGCGACGGUCAAACUCCCAGGAAGCAGUCAAGAUGUUAUAAUCAGUUCACAUAAUUCUUUGGGGGAUGGAAGAUACUACGAUGUCGAGAGUUCUUCUAGUUUUACUUUCGAUCAUAUCACGCUGAAAGCGAAUGCAGUGCAAAGCCAUGUUUUAGAAGGCAGCCAAGCAGAUCUUGUGAAAUCAAUUCUUAAGAGCUUGGGUACGCAUGUAGCAGAACACUUUCCAAACGCAUCAUAUGGCGUCUUUCCUAUCGAAAAUGAUUCGAAGAUCGCAAUACUUAUUGUUGCCAACAAAUACAGUCCAAACAACUUCUGGAACGGUCGCUGGCGCUCGUUGUAUAUUUAUGAAACUUUGUCCUCUUCUCUCACUGGCAGCAUAAAAGUCGAUGUUCACUACUACGAAGACGGAAAUGUUCGACUUCUGACUACUAAACCUAUUUCAGCAACCGCAUUGUCAUCAGCCAGCAGUAUCGUACGAGAAAUCGCCGUUGCAGAAAAGAAGUACCAGGAAGAAGUUAAUAAAGGAUUCAACAAUUUGAGUGAAGGGGCAUUUAAAGGAUUAAGAAGACAAUUACCUAUUACACGACAAAAGAUUGAAUGGGACAAGAUUGCGGGGUAUAGAUUAGGACAAGAUAUUGGUGGCGGAAGCUCGAGAAGAUAG